GUGCCUCCUGCGAGGCCAGCACUUCUCCUGAGGUCAGCACUCCUCCUGAGGUCAGCACUCCUCCAGAGUUCAUGUGCCUUGAAUGUGACAAGUUCCUGUGUAACAAAUGCCUCAACAUACAUCAAGUGCUGAUGGUUGAUCAUCAGAAGCAUGUUCAGACCGUGGGGACACUGAGGAAACUGGAUUCUGACGAGUUCUUGAAGAUCCUUACAAGACCAAAGCAUCUUUUCUGCAAUACUCAUGAUGAUCAGCAAAUUAGUCUAUACUGCAACACUUGCUCAGUGUGGUUGUGUGUGCUGUGCUUGGUGCUGAAACAUAAGGACCAUAACUGCUGUGGUAUCAGGAAGCAGAUUGUCACACUAAAGAAUGAUCUCCGAGAGAUGCUGGGCUCAGUACAAGAGACUGAGACAAAGUUCAGCAAAACACAGGGGGACCUGCAGAUGCUUGUCGACAAGCUGAACAGCGAUAAAUAUAAAAUGGAAGAGCUCAUCAAUGCAAGAGUUAGAGCUGCCAUUGAAAAGGUGAAGGAGGAAGAGAGCAGGCUACUGAAUGAACUGAAGGAACUCCACUCGGCUAGAGUACAGAAGUUGCAGGAAAGUUUAACAAGAACAGAGAAUGUACUGAAAAGAAUGACUGUGAGCAAAAGCUUGGUGUCCCAGUUGCUUCGCUAUGCCACAGAGCAGGAGAUCUUAGAGCUUCGAGGAACGGUUAAAUCAGCACUCCUCAGCCUCCAGAAAGAGCAGCCUGUUGAUGUACGAAUGGAGAACACAGUGAUAAAUUUUAAGGAGUGUUUGGCUCUUCCAAAGAAAAUGUUGGGCAAUCUGAUCUUAUCAAAAAUGAAACUAAACUCAGUUCCAGAUGAGAACUUACAAUUGCCUCAAUACAAUAGUCCUGACAGAUGUGGUACGAAGGAUUUGAAGCAGAGAUCUCUGAAAUGCUGCGACAAAAGGAAAUGUGAUACAGAAGUGGACACCCAACCCCCUAUGAAACAGUGUGUGAAGGAGGAGGCAAAUAAGAGCACAGAGGAAACUGUUACCAUUUUCUCUCCAAACUACAGCACAUGUAGUCCUCUCCCUUGCAUAGAGAGUGUCACCUCGUAUGCCAAAAAUAAUGAAAAGCAAACAGAAUCCUCCAUUCUCGACACAAAUAUGCAGCUGACAGAGAAUGGAGGGACAGAGACAGCACUGAGUAAUACCAACAGUGCUGUAUCCAAUGCUGAACAUUCCAAGGAGGAAUCCCAGCCAGGGAACACCGAAGAGACCCUGGUGUUCUUUGACCUGGAAACCACUGGCCUAGAAAAAUGUAGUGAUAUAGUGCAGCUGUCGGCAGUGAGUGGUGAGAAGAUCUUCAACAAGUACAUCCUGCCCAGCAAAUCCAUGUCAGCGGGAGCUACAAACAUUACCGGAAUACAGGUCAUGGAUGGAAUCUUGUACCUAAGAGGAGAACCUCAGAUAACCUACAGUCUCCAGGACACCAUGACAGCUUUCCUCAAGUUUCUGCAGUCACUGGACAGGCCUCUGUUAGUAGGCCACAACGUCUGGAAAUUUGAUGGUCCAAUUAUUCUGAGAGCCUGGGAGGAGUUGUCCAUGAAAGAUCAAUUUGCAGGAUGUGUGACUGGAUUCCUGGAUACCUUAUGGCUGGCCAAGGAAGUUAUUCCCAGGACAGAGGUCAGCAGCUAUCGUCAAUCUGAUCUAGUGCAAAGCCUUCUUAAGAAAAGUUACGAAGCUCAUAAUGCUAUUGAAGAUGUGAAGAGCUUGCAGGAGCUGUACUCUUUUCUCAAAUUUACUCCAGAGCAGAAGCAGAAAAGUCAGUUUUCUGUCUCUCAGCUUGAAAGCCGUGUCUCUUUACAGCCUCUCACUGAUUGUAAGAUGCUAUUCUUUCAGCUUGCUGAUAAACUUGCGAUGCAGGAUGUUAGUCUCGAAAAGAUGAAAUUAACAUACGAGCAAGAUGCUGAAUCGGGGUUAAAAACCCUGUUCCAAUCUCUGGGAGUGUCGGGGCCAAUUUACAUCAGACUAUCAGAAUUUUUCAAACAACAAGUUGCUGGUUCAUUAACACGUCCUCCGAGUUAGCAAAAAAGACUUUCCUGAUAUACAAGACAUAAAUCAUUUAUUCAUCUCUUCUUAUUUGCUGAUUGCUUGAGGUCACUGCAUUGUUGUAAUUUGCAUUGCUGUUUGUAUGUAUGUUACAAUAUGUAUGAAUCAAUAAAUAAUAUUCUUAAAACGA